ACCCAGUUGUGAUUGGUCCGAUACAGAUGUGCCCGAUAGAGUUCUCUGCUGCUAGAAUUGUUGCGGUUUCCGAUUCCGAUAAUAUUUUCGGUCAUUUCAUUACGGAGAUUUACUAAAAUGGAUACCUGUCACAAACUUGGUCGUAUGAUAUUAUUUUAACGGAACAUUAGGCUUUAAUUUCAAAGAAUUUUAUUGUAUUCAUAGCUAUGUAUUUAGCAAUAGCAGUAAAGCAAUUUUCGUGACUACAGUAGUCUACACUUGUAAAACUUCACGCUCGAUUGAAUAACCCGGCUUCAUAAAAUAAAGUGUAAUUAUUGGUAUCGGAGUUACAUAUAACAGUGACAAUAAAAAAUGAAUUCAUUUAACGAAACUGGUCCGGGUGAACCAGAGCAGGAUGCUAAUUCUGCCUUGAUCGAGCUCGACAAAGGAUUGCGUUCAAAAAACACAGGAGAAAGAUGUGAAGCCAUAGUUCGCUUUCCACGACUUUUUGAAAAAUAUCCAUUUCCGAUACUCAUAAAUUCAGCACUACUAAAGCUCGCCGAUGUCUUUCGUUUGGGGAGUAAUUUCUUGAGAGUAUGGGUGUUAAGGGUAUGUCAGCAAAGUGAGAAGCAUUUGGACAAGAUAUUGAAUGUAGAUGAGUUUGUGAGACGUAUAUACAGCGUCAUUCAUUCCAAUGAUCCGGUUGCAAGAGCCUUAACUUUGAGGACACUCGGAAGCGCGGCUGGGAUAAUCCCAGAGAGGCAACAGGUUCACCACAGUAUCAGAAAAUCUUUGGAUUCUCAUGACUCUGUGGAAGUUGAAGCUGCAAUUUAUGCCGCACGAAUGUUUGCUGCUCAAUCAAAGCUUUUUGCGGUAUCAAUGUGCAGCAAAAUAUCAGAUAUGAUAAGAGGUCAAGCGACUCCAGCUUCAAUGAAGCUCCAGUUAAUACCAAUUCUGCAAUACAUGCAUCAUGACACAUCCACUGCUUCCAUGGUCAACGAACUUUGUAUGGAACUCUUGGGAAGUUAUCCCGCUGUUGAAUUCGUUAGAGUGACUUUGAGUGCUCUCACAACUUUAGCAUCAGCCACUCUCGUUGAUGUACCGAGCCAAGUGACUUUACUAUUGCGUUAUUUACACGACGAUCCUCGCCUCUCAGUCAAACGACACGCUCUCCAAUUGCUUCAUCGUUUGGCGAGGAGCGGUGUCCAUCUAUGGCCUCAGGGUGCUCUCACUAAUUUGAUCGACAGUACAAAUACUUUGCUCCAAGAUGGUGCUGGAAAUACUGAUCUCCUCAUACGAACACUUGAUGUUAUUGAGGUAUUGAGCAGGAGCGCCGUCACUUGUGAUGCAAAUAUGGAAGAAGGCAGUCCACUGCUUUUGCUUUGUGUUAACGCUUGUUAUUCACCGGAUCCGUUCGUGGCAGUGAAAGCAGUUACCAUUUUGUCAAGAAUUGCGUGUUAUUGUUACGAAGAAGGUUUGCCAGUGUACGGGAUCCAAGAUGUAAUUUCGUCCCUCGAAUCAUUGACGGUUUUGCUGUCGCUCGCGGACGAGCAUGUAUAUCAAUUGAAAGUGUGCCUGCAGUCAACGGUAAAGCUUUGUCAGGCACAGCCCAGCCACUGUUCGAUAUUUGUUGACGCGAUAGGUUCAACAUUGAUGAAUACGAGUACGGAGAAUGGACUGAGCGAGAAACAAACGGUUUUGUUGUGCGAAGCCCUCGGAGCUAUUGGGAAUCUCGGUGACAAUGUUUUGCUGCCGUUGUUGCCGGACAUACUCGAGAAAAUGCAGCAAACAGGCCACGUGCACACGAAAGUGAUGUUAUGCACUUUACUCUUUCAAAUGGUAGCUGGUGGUUACGAGUGGAAUAGCGAAUGCCUUGAGGCAAUACGACGAGUUAUUCACAGCGUUGACGGAUGGUCGAAAUAUCGUAUAGCGCGAAGCGCAGCUCGUUAUGGUCACCACGAUAUUGCAACGAGGCUAUUCAAGAAACUGAAAGAAGCGGUAGCUUCAGAACAAUUGCACUUUUGGCUCUCAGGAUUGGAACUAAUGACUAGCGCCGAGAGUUAUGGCGACGGCGCGGGUGAAACGCGAGCUGAGCAAAAAGCUGCGAUUCUCGAUACCCUCAACGGUGCGAUAUCGCGUUAUGCAAGCGCUUGCGCUUCAUUUAAAGCCGCAAGUACACCUUUGCGCAGUUUACAGUUCGCCAGCGAGUACGCAAAGCUCCGCUGUGAAUUCCUUCAAGCUCUUGGACAACUUUUACACUCUUGCAGGUCCCUCUGUACUUCACCACCACCUGCCAUCGCCCACUCGAUCGUUCUCUCAACCAAGGACGAUUUCCAACGUUAUGGUCGCGUAACUUACCAACUCCGAAAAUCAUCUCAAGACUUGCGCACCUGCGCUGACAACUAUCAAAAAUUGUAUCAAUCCGCGUUCGACGCCGAUCCAGGCUCCCUCAACAAUAUUAGAGUUUUACAAGAACUCUGUCGUCUGAUGGCCAAUAGCGUCGAUCGCGUUUGCGGUGGGUUCGCUGCCGGUCCCGUUUAUCAACCCGAUGAAACGGAAUUUAAUUUCGGCGAGACUGUUGAAAUCCGCCAAAUGGCUCGGUAUCUUACCGAAGUCCGCAGACUCGCGCCACCCUGGCAAGUCAAGGAAGAGGAUGAAUCCAUCAGCCAUGCCAGAGUCGAAUGCCUUAUCUCGCAAGUAAUGCUUUUGGCUGGUGGCAAGGUUCGUCUUCCGCUGCCACGUUAUUUCUUCCAAGCUUUACAAUCGACCUCUGUGAAACUCUCGGUCUCGCCUCAACCCAGGGUAUUCGGUGAACCCGUGUGUGUUCCGCAAGGCUCUCAGCUGGCGCUUAAAAUCGAAGGGGUUCUGAGACACGGGAAACGUGGCUCUCUUUUCCGUUCGGUCGACGCUGUUUGUAUUUCAAUCACCACCACUCCACCCGCCAAAAUCAACAACGAUCAUAAGAGCAACUCUCAUACCUCGGAUCUCAACGAUCUCCAACAAACGGUCACUCCUCAUCGUGACUUUUUCGCCUGCGAAUUUCUACUCUCCCUGGGUAGUUGUCCAACCGGUUCAAGUUCCUGCAACGUCACCGCGAGCCAAGGAGGACAAUUUCAGGUCACCGCAAACGCUAGUAUUCUUGACAAGGAUGGUAACAUAUGGAAAUGCGGCCCACGCUCGUCCCUUCAAGUUCGCGUUCACGAAGAACCGUCGAAACGAAAAUUAACAUGAUCUUUAUUUAUGAGAGAGAGGGAGAAUGACACUUUCGACGAUUGAAUUUGAAAGCAAUGCUGUUUUUUUACCCAUUUUUAUAAUCACCAGAAAUAACAACAAUAUAUCCCUGUAAAUAUCGUAGAAAAAUAUAACAUUUUGUAAAUAUGUCAGCGUAUUGUGGAAGAAUGCGACAUUAAAAGAAAGUUUCGAAAAUA